AUGGCUGCUGCAUACAACCAGAACCAGUCGCAGCCCAUCUUCCCGGACAGCUAUGUCGGUUUCGACAGCAUCACCAAGCAGAUUGAGCGCAAGUCGGUCAAGCGGGGCUUCCAGUUCAAUGUCAUCUGCGUUGGCCAGACUGGUCUCGGCAAGUCGACUCUGAUCAACACGCUCUUCGCCUCGCACCUCAUGGACUCCAAGGGCCGCUUCCAGCCCGACGAGGAGGUCCGCAGCACCACCAACAUCCACCCCGUCUCACACAUCAUCGAGGAAAACGGCGUGCGUCUGCGCCUCAACAUUGUCGACACGCCCGGCUACGGCGACCUGAUCAACAACGAGCGCUGCUGGGACCCCAUUGUCAAGUACAUCAAGGACCAGCACAGCGCCUACCUGCGCAAGGAGCUCACCGCCCAGCGUGAGCGCUACCUCCAGGACACGCGCAUCCACUGCUGCCUGUUCUUCAUCCAGCCCUCUGGCCACGCCCUCAAGCCCAUCGACAUUGUCGUCCUUAAGAAGCUCAGCGAGUUUGUCAACGUCGUGCCCGUCAUUGCCAAGAGCGACAGCUUGACCCUGGAGGAGCGUGCCGAGUUCAAGCACAGGAUAAAGGAGGAGUUUCAGUUCCACAACCUGCGCAUGUACCCCUACGACAACGAGGAGGAUGACAACGAGGAAGUCCAGGCAAAGCAGGCCAUCAAGGAACUCCUUCCCUUUGCCGUCGUCGGCUCUGAGAGGACCGUUGUUGUCAACGGCAGGAACGUCCGCGGUCGCCAGAACAAGUGGGGUAUCAUCAACGUCGAGGACGAGAACCACUGCGAAUUCGUCUACCUCCGCAACUUCCUCACCCGUACCCACCUGCAAGACCUGAUCGAGACGACCGCACAAAUCCACUACGAGUCGUUCCGCGCCAAGCAGCUGCUUGCCCUCAAGGAGAGCUCCCACCAGGGCCACUCCUCGCGCCCCAUCUCACCCUCUGCCGACCGCGAGCUCAGCAGGAACAGCCAGCGCAUGACCAUGAACGGUAGCGGGGGCAAGCCCAACGGCCCUCCACCACCGCGUAUGGAGCCACGCAUGGAAAGGCCUGUCCCUAUGAUCGAUGCUAUCUGA